CAAAGAUAUGUUCUUGCUUUGGUGUUUCCAUCUCGUGCAUGUCCAUCUCAUGCGUGUUUAUGCAGGGGACUCUUCAAUGACGUUUCCCCUGCCAUUCUUGAACAAAUUCCUUCCACCCUUACGACGCGGCUCCAAGUUCUCUCUCCACUUCUCCGCGACGUCCACCGCGGAUCUUCGGUGUUUCGGGCCGCACGAUCUUCGACCCCAUCGGCCACCACACCAACCCUCCGACCCCAUCGGCCGGCUCGGCUCCAGCGGCAACUCGCCGAACACGAACCACGGAUGGCUCCCCGCGAAGUGACACAUGGUCAAGCGUGAGAGCCCAUGGUCUUUGGCUUAAAGCUAGGUCUGCCGAAAGCCACCAAGGCAACAGAGUCUCCAGAGAAAUCCUCUUCAAAGGCGGAGAGUAGCGCGCGCAGCGGCUCCAAAGGAGCAGGACCUGAGGGACGAGGUGGAGGAAAGGGUGCACUCACCGUCAAUGAGUUCGUGGCGCGGACGAAGCGCUACCGGGAGCGAGGGCUCGAACCCACCAAGCCGGAGCUCAUCGCCUACGCCAGGUACUUGGGCAUCGAUCCCAUCACCGAUGGCGACCUCAUGUGGAUCGCCGACGAGGCCUUGGCGGCUCCUCUACCGUCCGAGUGGACGGAGCACCACGAUAGUGCGGAUCGGGUCUUUUACUACAACGUGCAGAGCCAUGCAAGUAGCUGGACCCACCCCUUGGAGCAGUUGCAUCGGGAUACGUACAAGUCCAUCGUGCACUUCCGAAGCGGCGACUUGUCCAAGGAGGACCAGAUCGUAGAGUUGGAGCGCUCGAAGCGGAAGUGCGAUGAGAGCGAGCGGGAAUCCAUCAAGGAGUUGCAGGCAUGGUCGGAGCACACCGAUGAGGGAGGUCAGCGGUUCUUUUACAACCGCGACAAGCAGGUGAGUGUGUGGACCGACCCCCGCCCUGCGCGGUGCCACUCGCUGUACCUUCAGAUGAAGGCACUCCGUGACAUGAGCAAGCACUGCGGUCAGGCGGUCGCGGGUUUGGGCGCCAUGGACGACCCACGGAGAGAUAAGCUACGCAUCCAACAGAUGUUGGCGAUUGGCACCUCAGACCCUCUGGGCAAGUCUCUGAGAGAAAAGAAAGAGGAUCGCUCCAACGCGGAGGCUUCCAACGAAGGCGGAGGCCGCAGGGAUGAUGAAAAGAAAAAGAAGAAAAAGAAGAAGAAAGAUCCGGGCAAUGAGGAACCCAUCGACCUCACCGAAGAAGAUCCCGCGGAAGGGCCAGAGAGCGCCCGCCCCAGCGGCGAACUCAAGAAGCCUUCGUCGCUCUCGGCGGUGGAUGAGGUCCGGCAAGGUUUGGGGCUUCAGCCUGCCAGCAGUAGUGGCGGCGGGGGCGGCCUGCCCAGCCUGGAUCGCUCGGCCUUUGGAGCCUCGCGCUUGCCGACCCCACCAGGGGAUGGCCUGAGCUCGGUGGGGCGGCAGAAGGUGAGGGCUGGGAUUCGCUUGGAGCCCAUCAAAGGGUGACACCAUCAGUUUGCUCGGGGCCUGGUGCCUACGAUCGAGCUUUUCAUAUUUCGGGCGACACAUUUUGCCCGAGCAACUUGAACCCAGUGGUGACUCUGCUGUGGGUUCCAGACACAAAAUCGAUGGCUCCUUAAGGGAGCGUCUCCGUCUUGACCGAAGUUGCCGAUGUUUCUAUUUGGUUUCAGGAGCCGGGAGGAUUCGACGCCCUCAUGGGUUGAAUUCUGACCAUCUUGCCGACGUGGCGAAUUUGGGGCAACCAACCGCCGCAUUGGAAGCACCGCCUUUCGCCGGUGCGAAUGCCGCUUGACCGUUGCAUG